AUGACCCUUACUACGAAACACAUAAUUGAAACGUUGCAGAAAUUUACUCCAUGCGACGUCAGUGAUGCCCUAGUCAAGUUUGGAUACAAGAAUGGUGGAUAUUUUCCCAACUUAGUUAGGCAAUCUCAGGGCAAGUCAUCGAGCCCAAACACCGUAGUGGGAAAAGCGUACACAGUGCUUUUUGCCCCUUACGACGACCCUAAUCCUCAAAUUGGCGGAGGAUACAUUGACUCCUUGCCUGAAGAUUCUGUGCUGGUAAUUGCCACCACCCCAGCAUUACAGCUUCCUCAAGCCCCUUACACCAAAGUGAAUAAUGCAUUAUAUGGUGGAUUGAUGUCUACUAGAGCCCAGUACUUGAAGAGCAAAGGGACUGUGGUAUUUGGAAGAAUUCGUGAUCUGGCUGAACAUCGUCAAUUGGAACAUCCGGUAUUUUCCUAUGGUGUUGGCUCGACUGCUCAUAAGCCAGUUGUUAAGAUUAUUGGAAUUAACAUACCAGUGGAUGUGCUAGUGGAAGGUUACCCCGAGGCGGAGUUUCAGACAAUCAAUCCUGGUGAUAUAGUGGUUGCAGAUGAAAACGGAGUUGUUCGAAUUCCGCAGGAAGAAAAGUUAUUGGCAAAAGUCCUUGAUUUUAUCCCUAGAAGGGUUUCCGCCGACGAGUUAGUAGCUCAAGACAUUAAGGAGGGAAAACCUGCCGCUGAAAGCCAGAAACUUCGUAGAAGUGCAGUCUAA